UACUGCAAUUUGGUGCUGGCUGUAAGUGAAAAUGGAGCUGAUCAAUUUGCUGCUCUCACUGAUCCUUUCAGUGUUGUUGUUAUCAGUGCUGUUCUUGUUGUAUCAAACUCGUUCUCCUAAAGCAAUGGAAGGCAUCCCUGGAAGCCUUGGUUGGCCAAUUGUGGGAGAGAGCUUCUCAUUCCUCUCUGACUUUUCAAGUCCCUCUGGGAUCUUCAGCUUCAUGAUCAAGAGGCAAAAGAGAUAUGGAAUGGUUUUCAAGAGCUUUGUCUUGGGGAGGUUUACUAUCUUCAUGACAGGGAGGGAAGCAAGUAAGAUAUUGUUAACUGGCAAGGAUGGUCUUGUGAGUUUGAAUCUGUUUUACACUGGCCAGCAAGUUCUGGGCCCCACCAGCUUGCUGCAAACCACAGGGGAGGCUCACAAAAGGCUAAGAAGGCUGAUUGGUGAACCUUUAUCAAUUGAUGGACUGAAGAAAUAUUUCCAUUUUAUCAACACUCAGGCUAUGCAGACAUUAGAUCAAUGGGAAGGAAGGAAAGUCCUGGUUCUUGAAGAGGCUUCUACAUUUACUUUAAAAGUGAUUGGACAUAUGAUCAUGAGUUUAGAGCCUUCUGGGGAGGAGCAAGAAAAGUUUAGAUCAAAUUUUAAGAUUAUUUCUUCCUCAUUUGCAUCGUUGCCAUUUAAACUUCCAGGGACAGCUUUUCAUCGUGGCAUCAAGGCUCGAGAUAGGAUGUAUGAGAUGUUGGAUUCUACAAUUUUGAGGAGGAGAAGUGGCCAAGACUUUCAACAGGAUUUCUUAGGAUCUUUAGUUAUGAAACACAGAAAAGAAGAUGGAGAAGAAGAUGAAAAUAAACUCACAGACAAACAAUUGAAGGAUAAUAUAUUAACUCUCCUGGUUGCAGGCCAUGAUACCACAACUGCUGCUCUUACUUGGCUCAUUAAAUUUCUUGCUGAGAAUCCGAUUGUUUUGGAAAAAUUGAGAGAGGAACAUAGACAAAUUGUGGCCGGAAGAAAAAUUGGAACAGAUCUUACCUGGGCAGAAGCUAAUAACAUGCCCUACACAUUCAAAGUCAUCAGUGAAACUCUUCGAAGAGCCACAAUACUACCUUGGUUUUCAAGAAAGGCAUCUCAGGAUUUUGAAAUUGAUGGUUAUAAAAUUAAGAAAGGUUGGUCCGUCAACCUAGAUGUUGUUUCCAUACACCAUGACCCAGAAGUUUUCCCAGAUCCUGAAAAGUUUGAUCCCUCAAGAUUCGAUGAACCCGUGAAGCCUUUCAGUUUUCUUGGAUUUGGUAGUGGACCACGUAUGUGUCCUGGAAUGAACCUUGCCAAGCUUGAAAUUUGUGUCUUCAUCCAUCACCUUGUAAACAGAUACAAGUGGAGACCUCUGGAGAAUGAGAAUUCUGUCCAACCAACGCUUGUAAGGAUGCCAAAGAACAAAUAUCCUAUUAUGGUUGAGUCACUGUAACACGUUUGCUCUAGCAACUACAAACACGAAACAGAAGAAGAGACAGCAAGGAAAAAUCUUGUAUUGGAACAGAAUCACUUCCUCUUUGUUCUUACUUCAUGGAGAGAAAUCAUGCUUUAUGACUUCUGAGGACAGAAACUAAUCCUCAAAGAAUAAUUUGCUUCUCGUUUUUAAUAUUUAAGCAGAUCUAGAACGGAAGUAACU